GCACGCUUUCAUCCAUCUGGAAUCUGGACGGUCGCCUUCAUUACUUUCCUCUUUCAUCCUGUGUCUGUUUUCUUUCUAGGUCUAGACCAAUGGCGGACUCGCAAACGUUCUAAACACUUGUGUAUGUUAAAACCUUUGUCAAUGGCGCUCUUUUAUCCAAGUGAACGUUGCUUUGAUUUUGCACGAAACAUGUGUGUUUCUGAACUGCAAAACCUCAAUGACAAUGAAAUUCGAGUUCUUCUACCAUCGCUUGUUAGGAUUGUUCAACGACCUUCUUUAGAUGAAAGCGACCAUUGGAAGGAAGCACUCAAAGAAAUAAAUAAGUUGCUUUGUGGAUUAGAAGAUGUAAAUUAUAUCAUUCGUUUGCUGUGCAUUGAUUUUAACAUUUUAAGGCAAGAUUGUACGAAGGAAAAGCAAAUGCAGCACAAACUGGAGGAAAAUGAAUCAAAUAAUGACAGUGUGCUUAUUGAGACCGGUCAAGUUGGUUUGGUGAUGGAGUUUGAGAAAAGUAAGCCUUCCAGAAGAAUGAGACUUGUCUUACGUGAAUUACUUAAAGUAAUGAGAAAGUGUGAACAAAAUGAAGAGUUCCUGAGGUUAGAAAGCUGUGAACUUUUUGAAUGUGAUGUUUACAUGAAAGAAAUUUGUGAUUUGAUUUGUUUAGCUCAAGCAGAGAUUUCUGACCAGUUUCCAUUGCUUGAGGUUGUACACUCAUUGCUAAGGUUGCCAAACGGUCCUUGGUUUAUUUGCUGUUUACUUGUAAACUUUCCUGACUGUUUUGAGCAAGUUUGUUCUUCAUUGUUGACAAUCCAGGAUUCAAAAUCUGGUGAUUCAUUUUCUUCUUCAAUUCAUACUGAAGCCCUUUAUCAACUGUGCCAAAUGAAACCAAGCUAUGCAAGCACAAUACGUACGGAGGCUGUAAAGAAAUGUUGCUUGCCAGAACUGACUGUAAGACUGACACUGGACUGUGAUCUUGAUAAAGAAAACAAACAAAGGGAUCUUGUUGAGUUUCUCUGUGGCUUACUGCUUGGAAGCAACAUAAAAGUUCGUAAAUGGUUUGCACAAUUUAUCAAAAAUGGUCAAAAGGAAGGUUCUGCAUCGCAUUCUGUGCUCAAGCAACUGAGAGAAGAAUUGAUGAAGGACUUAGUUUCACUAACGCCUUCAAAACAUCGACAGAGAAUAAGACGUCAAUGGCACAAGAAUAGAGGGAGUAUAACAGAAGGAAAACGAAGGAUAACUGUGGAUGAACAGGAUAAGGAAACCUUGGAAAUCAUUGAAGCUAUGGAUGUAUCUACGGAUUUUGAAAUUGUAAAGGAAGAAGAAAUGACCAUUGCUGAAAAUGAAGAAGUAUCCACCACAAAUGUUGAUGGUGAAAUGGACGUUGUUCUCGACGAUGUUAUUUAUGCAACUGCGAUGUUAAGACUUUACUGUGCUCUCAAAGGAAUCGCUGGAAUGAAGUUAAAUAAUGACGAAUCAGAUGAGUUAAUAUGUUUAAUCACCAGUCAAGUACCGAAAACGGCUGCUGGUGUGCGCUUUGUUACUGUUGGUUUAUCAACAUUACUGGCUUGUUCUAACAUGAUCAAAUCAAUUGAACAGGAGAAAGAAAUGAUAAGAUGGAUUACAUGGUUAUCACAAGAGCACCAUCAUUAUGAUAAUUCAACUCGAUUACUAAUAUCUUUUGCAGAAAGCUUGCUUCUUGUUGCGAUUCAUUUCCAUAGCAACAACCUCGAGGCGAUCGCGGAUCUUGUCUGCGCAAGCCUGGGAAUGAGAGUUCGACCUGGUCCUCUAACGAGAAUCAAGACAAUCUUCACUCAAGAAUUGUUUCCGGAAAAGGCUGUAUCAGAACACGCUGUCCGAGUUGCUGUUACGAAUCAACUAAGUUCAAACGACUCUGGCUUUCUUCCUAUUCAUUGUGUUUAUCAUUUGUUAAAGAAUAGAACUUUUACAAAACAUUCUGUCCAAGUUAAGGAUUGGUUAUUUAAGCAGAUUUUAUGUUCUUCUCAACCAAUCCAUUCACUUCUUGUGCUCAUAAUCGACGUAUUUGUGACGUCCGUAGUAAUGCCGUUGUAUAGUAAACAACACAAGCUUGCAACAUCUCUCACCAUUGAAGGGUUUUCCGAAACAGAAAUAUUGGCUGUGUUUCAGCGUGGCUAUAAUGGUGAAAAUCUUACCGCUCAGCUCUUGCUUUUAUAUUAUGUACUCACUUAUAAAGACUGUUGUUUGUCCAACAUGAAAUCCUUAGUCACAAAUAGCUAUCAACCACGUGACUAUUCCCAGACCCUUUACUCCCAAAUUCCUAUUAAGUAUCUCCUACAACAAGCUCGAAAAUUGCAACAUAACUACAGAGAUCUAUAUCCUCCUUUGCUGUGCAUGCUUGUGACGUAUUAUCCUCAGCUGUGUCUAGUUGAAGAUUGGCUUUGUGAAGAAGAUACCCAUGAAAAACAAACAACGUGGAACAGAGCGCGAAAUUUGAAUUUUAAUGAAGUUAUACGAGUGUUAAACAAUCUUCGCCACGCACCGGCCGUUGCUAUGCUUACAUUACUAAAGCUGAAAAAACUGCAGCCCAUACUUCUCAUUCAAUACAUCGAGGCUAUAGUGGAAGGACUGCGCGUCGCCCUGGGUCCUAACGUUUGUCGUCAUGUGCGAAUAUUAUUGAUGGAGUUAUGGAUUAAAUUAAAUACGAUGAUUCCUCGAAGAUUAUGGCUUUUAACUGUGAAUAAGUUAUGUGAAACUGGAUCAACUCCAUAUACAGAAAAUGAGCUUAUGAAAGAUCCGCUUACCGUUUUAAGAUGUGAUCGCAGAAUAUUAAGAUGUGCUCCAAUAUUUACAAUUAUCACUCGGGUUUUAAUGGGAUAUUUGGCCGCAUCUCGCGCGAUGCUGAAUCAGCAUAUAUUGGCAAACAGUUCGGGCGCCAAGAGUAACGCUAGUACUUCAUUUAAUAACGUCGAACAGGAGCGUGAAGAAUUGAAGUCGGCAUUAAUUGCAGCACAAGAAAGUGCUGUUGUUCAAAUUUUGCUUGAAGUAUGUUUGUUGACACCUGAAGAAAAAGAGGGUAAAAACGGAUCGAUGAAUAAUUGCGAACUUAGAGAGAUUCGUUGUUUGGUUUGUUCAACUCUUCAUCAAAUGUUCAUAAUACAUCCAAAACUUGUAAAAUUGGUUCAUUUUCAGGGAUAUGAACCAGCGUUGUUACCUAUGACUGUCAGUGGUAUACCAUCAAUGCAUAUUUGUCUGAAUUUGAUAACAGAAUUGAUAAAUCAACCAGAACUGGAAAAGCAGUUGUUUGCUGUUCAGCUUUCUUCGUAUUUAUGUGUUCAGUUCCCUUUGCAAAAGGCAUUGGAUGUUGCCAAGUAUGUCAUCAGUCGUUUGACGUCAUUAUGCGAAGCGUUGCCGGGAGACAGGUGUGCAAAAUUCUUUAUUCCUGCUUGUGAAUGCUUGCCACGAUUCUGUAGAGCAUUUCCUCCACUUUCCGUGGAUACGUCAUCAUUGUUAUUGUUGAUUGGUCAGCUUGCAGCGUCACGUGCUGCUGAGACUUGUGACGACGAUCUAGAUCUUUCUCGUUAUUAUAACAUGAUUCAAGAUUUCCACAAGAAGACAACAGAAAACAGUGAAGUAUUGUUUGAUCAUGGUUUUGUUGAGCACGAGAAUGGUGUAAUAAAUGACAAAACGUUACAUUCCCUUCAACAUGAUGUUGUACCUCGUUCAAAACAUGUCGUACUUUAUGAAGUAGUGUGUAAAACAUUUAAACAUCUAGUGAGUGCGUGUAUUUUGGAGAAAUAUGGCUUUACGACAGAAUUUACCGAUGUUUACCAAAAUACUCGAACUUCUUUGUAAUGAAACGUAUUUUAUAUGAAUGUAUGAAAAUGUAGAAUUGAACAAACAUUUUAAACUUUAGUUAUUCUGGAAAUGAUCUCAAGAUUUUUGUCGUUUUUUCCCACGUUUACUCAUAACUCGAAUGCUCUAAGCCAUUCUGCAUUUUGGCUAUUUUCCACAAACUAGAAUAAAGUUUCUAUGUUCAGCUAUAAUCUACCAUCUUUCCAAAAUAAUUUUUGCCUUGAGGAAAUGCCAGCAUUUAAAAAUGUACUUUGUUGAUAGUAUACGCACCUUAUCAAAUAAACGCUUCACAUAUG